CAGCUUCCGUAGCCGGAGGUGGAGGAAGAAGACUGCUGUGGUGCUUCGACGUGGAAUAUCCGUAAAGAGGCGAUGGAGAAGUAGUGCCCUGUAGGACCGAACCAACCCGUCCUAACCUCGAACCGAGACGGCAUACAUCCCCGAAACCCGGUCCGGGUUUGGGUAACAGGAACCGAAAGCCGCAGGGACUGAAAUCUCUCUUCCUCWUCUUCUUCCUCGCGCCUCCUUCCACCAACAACCAUGAUAAAAGCCAUUUUAAUAUUCAACAACCACGGGAAACCGAGGCUUUCUAAAUUCUACGAACAUUAUAAUGAAGACACGGAGCAACAAAUCAUCAGGGAAACCUUUCACUUGGUCUCGAAAAGGGAUGAAAACGUCUGCAAUUUCCUAGAAGGUGGAAUGUUGAUCGGAGGAUCAGACUACAAGCUGAUCUACAGACACUACGCCACACUUUAUUUUGUGUUUUGUGUCGACUCCUCAGAAAGCGAGCUAGGAAUUUUAGACUUAAUCCAGGUUUUUGUGGAGACGCUGGACAAAUGCUUUGAGAAUGUCUGCGAGCUCGACUUAAUUUUUCAUGUAGACAAGGUGCACCACAUCCUGGCUGAGAUGGUGAUGGGUGGGAUGGUCCUGGAGACCAACAUGAACGAAAUCAUCACCCAGGUGGACACCCAGAACAAGAUGGAGAAGUCUGAGGCCGGUAUUGCAGGAGCACCUGCUCGUGCCGUAUCAGCUGUAAAGAACAUGAACCUCCCGGAAAUGCCCAGAAACAUCAACAUUGGCGACAUAAGCAUAAAAGUGCCAAAUUUACCUUCCUUCAAAUAGUGGCAGCGAGAUCCUGAGCCUGCAGAUGUCAGCCGAUGUUUACCUUGAUGCAAUCUGUUUACCAAAACCUCAACUUAUUAAUUUUUAUCAACUUUCUAAGUCUUGAAGGUACUGUGGAUUUUGACACUCCAUGUUGCGGUGUUAUCUUUUUGAUGUUUACUUUCUGUAAAAGAUAAAAAUAACUUGUUUUUUUGGUGUUUUUGUUUUCUGUUUGAAGGAGAAAAAAAGUAUUUAUCAAAGGUACAUUCCUUCUGUCUCACUGAAGCUGACUCAUGUCAUUCAGCUCCUUCGUACCAGAUCUGUGACAUUAGAAAAAAUUAAWUAAAACUAUUUUACUAACUCAGAAGUGCAACAUGAAGUGACAUUUUGGAAGAGAUUCACUGGUUUGGUUGUUCCAAACUGGAGAAAUUCAACCAAGGAAUGAAGACAAGUAAAAUAAUUUGAAUUCCAAAGUUGAGACAUAUCUGCUACAGUGUUAAGUUACAGCAUGUUAUUAUGUUAAACUGCAGAGAUUCAGACAUAUCUAAGUGCUUAUUUUCUUUUUAUUAUUUGUAUGUAAAUUUUAAAUGAUGCAUCCUGUUUUAUGAAACAACUCUUAAUUUUCAUUUGUGCAUGGUGUUUUUUGCUUAUUUUUCCACAAUAAACUGUCAAAAAAAUAAA